UCUGAGAGACUAUUUUUAAUAAGUAAAUUCAUAGGAGGACCCAAAAUUAUUGUAAUGCCACACCAUACCACAUUGUUUUUCAAAAGUGGUUUGUCAUAUAAUGCUGUAAUAUACAAUUGUAAUAUACAACUCGAUAUAGCAGUCACUCAAAAAGUAUUCAUUAAUAGUUUUUCGCCAAAAAUUUCAAUCGUUAGCCGGAUUACUCCAAAUAAUAGUUUCUCAGUAAAUAUAUUAAAUAAAGACGCCUAUUACUUAUUAUUGAUAGUCAGCAGCGGUGGCCGCAGUAGUAGACUCUCCGGUCUCCUGAUCAGUCACCGUGCGCUGUGCGGGUUCGAGUCCCGUCCCAGGAGAAAUUUUUCUCUUGGCUAUGGAUGUUGUGAUUGUCCGUAGGUGGUCUCUGACUGUCGAACGCGGAGGUACCACCCGGCGGUUCUCGUAGGCGGAGCCAGAAUGUGUGCAUGUUGCAUGCACACGUGUUCCCUCGCAAGAGUCCGUGUGGCGUCCCCCCUUUCCCAUGUAUCCCCCAUAGCCCCACGGUACCCAAUGGGUGCUUAGGCCUUAGGCCUUCGUGGUAGUUGGAAUAUAAAAAAAAAUUCAUACACCA